CCCCCAUUCUCCAGAACUUUUCAAGCAGAGCAUACACGUUGUACGAAGGCUUGUUAUAAAUCUCCAAAAUGAAGCAACAGAUGCGUUGUCGGGCAUCCAAAACGCCUAUCAUCCAGGGAGUAGCCCUGCACAGACAGAGGGUACUUCUGAUAUGCUCUUUUUUUUUCGUCGUUAGGAUGUUGCACUGACGUUUGAUUUUUUUUGUCAUAGCGAAUAUUUCUGCGUUGAAAGAGACGUUCGAGAUGCUCUCGGAUAUAAUGCGGCGUACAGGCGUGGGAGCACUCCCUCUUUUGCCGUUUCCACCGCAGCCGGGUGCACCGCAAGUUGUGCCCACUGAGCAGGAGAUGAUGGUUGACGUGUCGAAGUCCGUCCAAGUGCUUUAUGAGAGACUCAAGCGGAGUCAGGAGAGCGCUGCUGUCGUUGCUAACCUUCUUGGAGCUUCAGAUGCGCCCCUUCGGGCUAGUGGUCGUAAAUGACGAGAGAUAUCCAUGGCUACAUGUCGCCGAUCACGUCUAGUAACUUGGGAACCAGAUGGUCGUGUACUAAACCUUGAGUGGGUCUUUCGUUAAAUAACGAGAUUUGACAUGCUCUAGUCGCAGUGUUAUAUCGUGAAACAAUACAAACAAUCGAAGAGCAUAAAGAUAACUAGGCGCUGGUGCUGAACAGCAGUUUAAGAAGCCUGGGGAAAGUGUCAUCGAAUUUAUCACUUCAGAUGAGAAGGAGCAGCCUUCUCGGCAUUUUCAUUUUGUCGGCCUGGACGAGAAGAAUUGAAAAUUGGACCAACUCUUCGCCAUGCUAUACGACGGAGGCAUGAG